AUGAUAGAGCUUAGGAAUGGCAGAUCUGUAAAUCAGCCAGAAGCUGUGCCCCAAGGGGCUGCAAAUAGUGAUCCUCUGCCUAUUCUGGUUGAACAAGAAAUUCAGACUCAACUAGACCCAUCUUUAGGGACUAUUCCCAUGGAAAAGUCCAUUCCAAAGGGUCAAGCAUAUCAGUCAAAUGUUGAGACACCAGCUGUCUCAAAUAGACCCCCACCCCCUUUUCCUCAAAGGUUGCAAAAACAGAGGCAAGACAAUCAAUUUAGGAAAUUUUUAGACCUCCUAAAACAGUUGCAUGUCAACAUUCCAUUCGUGGAUGCAUUAGAACAAAUGCCUACUUAUGUGAAAUUCAUGAAGAAAAUUCUUUCAAGAAAGAGGAGGCUAGAAGAAUUUGAGACUGUUGCUCUUACACAAGAGAGCAGUCAAUAUUUGCUUAGCAAGAUACCUCCCAAAUUAGGAGAUCCAGGAAGUUUUACAAUCCCAUGCACCAUAGGAGACCAUUACAUAGGCAGAGCAUUGUGUGAUUUAGGUGCUAGUAUCAAUUUAAUGCCUCUGAGUGUGUACAAGAAGUUGAAAGUAGGAGAGCCGAAUCCUACCACUGUAACUUUACAGUUGGCUGAUAGGUCCCUAGUUUAUCCUGAAGGGAAGGUAGAGAAUGUCUUGGUAAAGGUAGAUAAAUUUAUUCUACCUGCUAAUUUUAUUAUUUUGGACUACGAGGAAGACCGAGAGGUGCCUAUAAUUUUAAGAAGGGCUUUCUUAGCCACUGGUGGGGCUGUGAUAGAUGUUAAAGAGGGUGAAUUGCCCACGAAUGUCAAUGGUGAGUAA